AUUUAUUUAUAACUAUGGCGGGUCAUGGCUUUUAAAGGCCUCCAUUCCUAUUUCCUGCCUCUCUGAGUUAUUUCAUUGAAGUGCACUCAACGUUCUCCAUUGAAGCGUUCUCCGUUGAUUCUAAUUCUUGUAUCCCCCAUUGAAGCAGCUUCUAAGAUAAUUCAAUAUGAAAUCAAAUCUCUUUUCCCUGGGCCUAGGGCGGCCGCCCCUCCUGGCCUGCCUCAGGGACGGGCCUGAUUUGUCGAUUUUACAUGAGAGCUUUUUGAACCUUCCUAAUCGAGAUUCGAGAAGUGAAGAAGAACACAAAGGAUCACUGGAGGAUUCCGAACCUCCUCCAAGGAUCACAACAAAUGUUAAACAAAAUUUGCAAUUUUUGAAGUUAUGGAAGGAGUUCAAGAAUAAACAAUUCAGCACACCUAAGCCAGCUACUAGCUAUCGUCGAAAGAAGGUGGAGAAGGAAGACCUUCCCCCAGAUACAGAACUCUAUAAGGAUCCAACCUUGGCACUCUACUAUACAAAUCAGAUUGUUGACUGUGCUGCCCCUGUCUUGCUUGUUGAUGGUUAUAAUGUUUGUGGCUAUUGGGUGAAGUUGAAGAAGCAUUUCAGUAGUGGACGACUUGAUAUAGCCCGGCAAAAGUUAAUUGAUGAACUUGUCCAGUUCAGCUUGGUAAGAGAAGUAAAGGUGGUGACUGUAUUUGAUGCUAUGAUGUCUGGACUACCUACUCACAAGGAGACUUUUGCCGGGGUGGACAUAGUUUUCUCUGGGGAUUCUUGUGCUGAUUCAUGGAUAGAAAAGGAGGUUGUGGCGUUAAAGGAAGAUGGUUGUCCAAAGGUUUGGGUAGUGACAUCUGAUCAUGCCCAACAACAUGCAGCUCAUGGAGCGGGAGCUUUUGUUUGGAGCAGCAAGGCACUGGUUACUGAGAUAAAGGCUUCAAAGAAGGAGAUGGAGACAAUGCUUCAAGAGCAGAGAUCGACUUCCAUGCAAGGGAAAUUGCUAAAACACAACCUGGACACAGAAGUUGUAGAUGCUUUGAAGGACCUUAAGAUGAAGUUGUCCCAAAAUGGGUCAUAACAGCCUGAAAGAUUAAAGUUGGUGUUGCUGUAAGUAAUUUCUUUGGUGCAUGCUUUAAUUUUUGUACAUUGUUUGCAAGGAUGAUAUAAAAAUCUUAACAGUUCUUCAGUUACUUCAUGUAGAGUCAUAAACAAAACAAUAUGAUAGGUAUAUGAGUAGUUGAGUACCAAUGAACUUGAUUUAAACACAACCCUUGCGGCACCA